UUGUAGUUGGUAUAAUUCAACCAAAAAUAUUUAUAUUGAUGACUCUCAUGACGUUCAACGGACCCAACCGGCCAGCCUCUGAACCGGAGAACGACCGGCCGGUGCCUUCCGCCGUUGCUGCUGACCUUCUCCUCCUUUCAGGGUUCUGUCGAAUCCAAAGGUACAUGAUACUAUAGCAGAAUUUGUAUCUAUUAGGGAAAAUUGUACAGAACGAACACGAACACGAACACCAACAUAUACAUAGUUUGAUAAUAUGAGCGUUGUUCCGAAAGAGUCGAUUGAAAUCGUUGCGCAGAGCAUUGGGAUUUCCAACCUUUCCCCUGAGGUUGCUCUUGCACUCACUCCUGAUGUCGAGUACCGGGUCCGUGAAAUCAUGCAGGAGGCAGUUAAAUGUAUGCGUCAUUCAAAGCGAACUGUUCUCUCUUCCGUUGAUGUUGAUAAUGCACUUAAAUUAAGAAACUUAGAGCCAAUAUAUGGCUUUGCUGCAUGCGAUAGUUUGCAGUUCAAAAGAGCUGUUGGACACAAGGAUCUCUUUUACAUUGAUGACAAGGAUGUGGAGUUAAAUAAUGUUAUUGAGUCACCUUUAGCAAAAGCAACGGUUGACACAUCAGUUGUUGCUCACUGGCUGGCAGUUGAAGGUGUUCAGCCUGCAGUUCCAGAGAACUUGCCGACUGAAGAACCCCAUGAUGGAAAGAAAUCCGACUUGAAGGAGGAAGAACUUCCUUAUGACACUAAACCACCUACUAAGCAUGUGAUUUCAAGGGACCUUCAGCUUUACUUUGAGAAAAUAACCGGUCUGAUCUUGAACAAGUCUGGGUCUAUUCUCUUUAGAGAAGCUUUAAGGAGCCUGGCAGUUGACUCAGGAAUUCAGCCUUUGCUUCCAUACUUCACGUGCUUCAUUGCCGAUGAGGUUUCGAAAAAUCUAUGUAAUUGUCAACUCUUGAUUGCUUUGAUGAGGAUGGUCUGGUGCCUUCUUCGAAAUCCCCAGAUUCAUAUGGCACCUUAUUUACACCAAUUGAUGCCGUCCAUCAUUACCUGCCUUGUUGCCAAACAAUUAGGUAAAAGAUUGUCUGACAAUCAUUGGGAGCUUAGAGACUUAGCAGCAAGCCUGGUUUCUUUGAUAUGCAAAAGAUUUGGACAUGUUUAUCACAAUAUUCAACCUCGUGUUACAAAGACUCUUCUCCAUGUUUUCUUGGACCCCUCAAAAUUAUUGCCUCAGCAUUAUGGUGCAGUUCAGGGGCUAGCAGAUCUUGGUCCCGAUGUGGUUCGCCAGUUUAUACUACCAAAUCUUGAACCGUAUAUGCAAUAUCUAGAGAUGGAGAAGCAAAAGAAUGAAAUGAGGAGGCAUGAAGCUUGGCAAGUUUAUAGGACGUUACUGCAUGCAGCUGGUAAAUGUAUGCAUGGUUGGUUGAAGGUUUUUCCUCUCUCUCCAUCUCCACCAAUGCGUAGUACUUUGAAGAUAAAUACGAAUAUCAAUGGGAAAAUCGUGAAGACAAUUUCAAAUAAACGCAAAGCCAGUUCAGACAACUCGGUGCAGCAACCAGCACCCAAAAAGAUGGCAACAGAUAGCACAUUGGGCGCAAUCCCGAUGAACUCCAUGAUAGUUGAUAUGCAAGGAGCUACAACUGGGCUCCCGACACCACUCGGAGGUUCAAACAUCGGCGUCGGUCGAAAUUUCCCAAAUGAAACAAGGCCAGGUAGGGAAGGUGAACUAGGCUUUAAGGGUUCUACUGCUCUUGCUCUAGCAUGGAAAGAAGAUUUGGGUGCUGGGCCAUUGCUGACUUCGCUUUUUCCACUUUUUGGGGAAGAUCUGUUUUCCUUCAUCCCAAAACCUGAGCUAUCCUUCUUUUUGUGAACCAUUUUAGAGAAUAUUUUGAAAUUUUCUUAUCAAAUGUUUUUUUUGUUUACAGCAAGCAACUAGAUUGUGUAGCCACAGAAUGUGGUCAUGUUGUAAUUAUCACUAAAAAAUCUUGAAAAGGUGGUCAUAUCCUUUUGAAGAAUAGUUCAAUUCCAUUUAACUUUUGAGGAAUAUUGUUAUGCAAGGCUAUGUAUCGUUUA